AUGAACGACCCGGCAUUUGCGAUCGAGACCGACACAACCACCCAAACUAUCCUCUUCGCCGCCUCAAACCACGACCUCCCCACUCUCAAACCUCUCCUCAGAGUACCCGGCGCCGCUUCCGUGCAAGAUCCCGAGACAGGUUUCACACCCCUCCAUGCCGUCAUUGCUUCUUGCGAAGAUUCUCCUUCUCCAGAAGAUAUAGAGGCCGCGAAAGCGACCAUAAAAGAAUUAUUUUUAUCGGGUGCUAUAUGGAAUGAUCUAGAUGCGAAUAACGAGACGCCCGGUUGUUUGGCUUGGAGAUUGGGUAGGAAGGAAUUAUAUGAAUUGAUUGUGGAUGCCGGCGUGAGGGCGGAAAUAUUGAUGAAUUUGAUGGGCGGAUAUGAGGAGUUGAGUGACGAUGAUGAAGAUGAAGAGGAGGAUGAGGUAGAGGAAUUAGAGAUUGGUGAGGAUGUUGAAAUUGUUGUCGAAGGAGAUAAUGUUAUUGCAGAAGACACCGCAGAAGAGGAAGCAAGUGGACAUACAAAAGAAACUGAAGAAGAGGAAGAAGUAGAAGAAGCGAAAGCUCCAACAAAAGAUGUCAACUCAGCGGACUACCUGCGAAGUAAACUCGAAUUUACAGACGACAAGCUCCUCGACGCCGAUGCGAACGGUGUGAUGAUGGCCUGGGAAACAUCCAUCAUGCAACGUACCGUCGAUCUCCUCAUUCCCUUGUCCUCUCCUCUACGGAUCCUCAAUAUCGGUUUCGGAAUGGGUAUCAUCGACACCAUGUUCGCAUCCACAUCGCCUGCUAGCCAUCACAUAAUAGAAGCUCAUCCCGAUGUCCUCGCACAUCUGCAAACCCCGGGCCACAAAUUCGGAAAAGAAUGGGAGGCAUCCGCGCCCGAAGAAGGAAGUUACAAAAUCCACGCCGGUCGCUGGCAAGAAAUCCUACCUACUCUCCUCGAAGAAAACCUCCAAUUCGAUGUAAUAUACUUUGACACAUUUGGAGAAUCUUACAUGGAGCUGAAGAAAUUCUUCUCCGAAUAUGUCAUUGGUCUCCUGUCUGAAAAUGGGAAGUUCAGCUUCUUUAACGGUCUAGGAGCGGAUAGAAAAGUCUGCUAUGAUGUAUAUACGAAGGUUUCAGAACUUGAUCUCUGUGAUGCAGGACUUGAUGUUGAGUGGACGGAGGUAGAUGUCGAGGAGCUUGGGGGAGAGGGAGAGGGAGAAUGGAAAGGUGUGAGGAGGAGAUAUUGGGUUCUAGACAAAUAUCGUCUGCCAGUUUGUACAUUUAUGGGUUAG